AUGAUUCUAAUUAACAUUUUGGCUUUACUUGUUGCCGUAGAUAGUCACCAUGACCCAUGCGUCAACGAAUUUAGUGCUAUGGAUAUCACUAAAGCGGAGACUCAUAACGGUUUGAUUCCUCGUCUGCAUGUGACAUACACCUGCUAUUCAGAAAUUGAGAAUUACCAAAUCAAGGUGGCCGCACAUCUCUCGAAACAACUGUGCUACUUCCACAAGUGGUACAAAUUCUUCAAUUUUCAUGGGAAGAACAUCAGUCGCUGUGGACAGUUUUUUGAAAUCACUGGACCAACACAAGUCCCUUAUCACUGCAUGUUUGCAGGUACUUUUGAGUCUGACUCAACUGAUGAGGAUCAAGAGUAUUACACUCGAAAUAUAGUUUUAGUCAAUGGAUUGACUAUGGGACAUUUGACAACAAUGUCCGCCAUUGAACCGCCGGUUUUCACGAAAAUAUCACUGAGAGCGUCGGACGCACCAUUUGAGCUGUUAGCAAAGGUCACAGCCAUUACGUUUAAUUCUACUGAUAUACAAAUGGUUGUGUACGAUAACUCGAGACCAAUUCAAAGUGUUCUAGUAAACGACGACGAGUACUUUCAAAAUGAAAAUGGGGCGUUCAACGUCAAAAGAAAGAAGAGCAUCAUCGACACAGUGAAGUUCGUUGCAAUUGACGGAGAAAUAUUUCUGGCAUAUGUAACUACUCUUUUCAGAAUUGGAGACGCUUUUGCACAAAACCCGUUGACACAGAUAAAAGACGAUCAGGUCUGUUCAUUCACACCAAAUCCAAUUUUAUUCGACGAAGAACAGACAACAUCAAAAUACGACUUCUCGUCGUGGAAAAUAUUGACUGUUUCUGGGACUAAUUCGACUACAUACAUUUCGCAUGACAAAAGUGUCGAUUUUGUGAUGUCUGAUACUGAAAUAUCUAUAUACUUUUUGUAUACUACAAAGUUCAUGGUAUGGAGCACUUACAGAUUUCUACUCUGUGACUUCUCGGCCACUAGUCAAGUCGUGCUCGAUAGAGUUUUUCUCACUACGAUGAACUAUUCUGACACGUUCAGCGUGAUUAACAUCAACCCUCCAUUUGAUCAAUGUUCAAACAUGAGUUUUGUUCUUCAAAACAGUCUGAAUAGUUCCCAGAGUUUAGAGUACAAGUACCAAUUUUACUCUUUCAUGACACGGCGGUGUCCAACAUCAAAUAAUGUAAUUGGUGUGGUUUUAAAAGGAACCAAAGGAAGUAUAAUUAGACUCCAAAGCACUUCAUUAGAGGAAAACAUGACGAUUGUAUCUUCAUGUCGUUCGGCUUCUUUAGAGUGUGGUGAAUUACAGUGUAAUCCUUAUGAGACGUUUCCAGAGAGUUUUGUGAAUGUUGGGUUUACUCGGGAUUGUUUCCCCGCAGAUUGUGGGCGUUGUAAAUAUGGGUAUAACUGUACUGCACAAGGGAAGUGCGAAAAGGUGAACAAUAAAAUGACGAGCUCAUCUGCUUUGUCUUACGUAGUUGUAUUGUUGUUAUUUACACUCUUUGUAAUUUAA